AUGAAAAAAAUUUUGAAUAGAUACUCCUAUUCUGAGAACGAUGAAUUAGGAAGAGGAGCUUUCGGAAGAGUAUAUAAAGGGUUUGAUUCAAAGACUAACAAACCUGUUGCCAUAAAAUGUACUUACAAAUAUGAUCCUAGUUAUGAGCUUAGAUGGUUUAUUUGAUUAAUAGUUGAUUGAAAAUUUCAAAUAAGAGAUGAGCAUAAUGAAGGAAUUUAAUCAUCCUAACAUUGUUAAGCUCUUAGACUAUAAGAUGGACCCAUAAUAAAAUGUAAAUAUAGGAAAUUCGGUUAGAUUGUUGUGUUUGAUUAUUGUGAAGGUGGAGAUUUGUCCAAAUAUUUGGAUAAAAAUGGUUCUAUGCUUGAUGAGUAUACGGCCACUUAAAUAUUAAUUCAAAUAGUUAACGGAUUUAGAGAAGUCAUAGCCAAAGGAUAUAUCCAUCGUGAUGUUAAGCCUGCCAACAUUUUAAUUCAGAAUGGACUCUUUAAAUUGGCUGAUUUUGGAUUUGCCACAAAAGUAGCAACAAAUGAAUUGCUCGAUUAAUAAGUCGGAACACCAUUAUAUAUGGCUCCACAAUUAUUAGAAAACACUGCUUAUUCUUCCAAAUGUGACAUAUGGUCAUUAGGGAUUAUAGCAUAUGAGAUGAUAUAUGGAAGAUAGCCAUGGCCAUGUCGAGACAUGAAAUCUUAUUUAAAAAAUAUUAAAUGUUAUCCUCUUAGGUUUCCAAUAGACAAGGCAGUGUCGGACUAAUAUAAAAGUAAAAUAUUAGUUCUAUUUAGAUUUUGUCAGACAAUGCUUGAAAGUAGAUGAAAUUUAACGAAUAGGAUGGAAGGAUCUCUUUGAUCAUCCAUUACUUGAUACAAGAUAACUAGCAUAAAAAACUUUUGUAUAUUUAUAUUCAUAAUGUUUUUAGAAAAUAAUAGAAAUCGAUGAAGAGACUAAAUAAAUACUUAGAAACAUACAAUAUAUUGCAUAAGCAAGAUAAUUAAAGAUUUAAGAACAGUUUACUAAAUAUGAUCUAGAUAAAGAAGGGAAUUUGGAUUUCAAUGAGUUCCAUCAGUUUAUUCAAAAGAUUGAUCCCUCGCUCACUUCUAAUGAAACAUCUAAAUUAUUUAACUUCUUGGAUCAACAAAGAAAAUAAAAAAUCAAUUUAAAUGAGUUUUAGGUUUUGUUUAGUGGGAAUGAUUUUUCAGAUCUUAAAAACUUUGCAUAAAGAAUAAUAUCGGACUUGAAAGAGAUCAUAGCUAAUAAUAAACUAAAUGUGGAUUAAAUAUUUCAUUUUUAUGAUGAAGAUAAAGAAGAAGAUCUAAAACUUGAUGAGUUUAGUAAUCUUAUUUUAAGAAUUGCACCUGCUCUAAAACCAAAAGAAAUCCUGAUAGUAAAGCUCUAUAUAUUAAAUUCCUAGGUAUUUACUGAAUUUGACAAGAACAAUGACGAUUCCAUAAGUUUAGAAGAAUUCAAAAAGAUUAUUUGUCCUUAAGGUUAAAAUUACGAAAGGCUUAAGCUUUAGGUAAAAUAUAUCUGUAUAACUAAAAUAGAAAUUACAAUAACAAUUAGUAGCAGAGAUUAAAAGAAGAAAAUUAACAAAUGAAAACAUCUUCAAAACAUUUAAUGUAAGCAAGACUAAUAAAAUGAAUUAUGAAGAAUUUGCAACUUUAUGCAGAGAUCUAGUGAUAGUUAUUACAGAAGAUGAAAUACAAUAAGUAUUUAAAACAGCAGACAAAAAUUAAGAUUAAUUUAUUAGAUACGAAGAAUUUAUGAAUUUUUUUAAAUGA